AUGGAUAUGGAAGGAGAGGGAAUUAUAGGGUGUGAUGGUUCUAAUACACAAACACAUGCUGAUAGUAAUCAACCUAUGCAAGAAGAUCAGCAAACAAACACAAAUCAGUCUCAAGAACAAGAUCAACAUACUCAUGAAGGUGCUAAAGAAACGGUUGAUAGAAAAAGGAAAUUAACUUCACCGGCAUGGGAGCAUUUCAAAAAGAUAAAGGUGAAUGGUGAGGAAAAGGCGGAGUGCAAUUAUUGUAACACCAAAUUAGGAGCAAAGAGCAAAAAUGGGACAAAACAUUUACUUUUUCAUAUGGAGAAAUGUCCGAAACGAAAGAAUAAAGAUAUGCGCCAACAAGUUUUAUCAAUGAAUCAAGUAAAGUCAUCAGGACAUUCGGAUGUGUCUUGCUAUAAUUUUGAUGCUGAUCUGUCAAGAACAGAUCUCGCCGAGAUGGUAAUUAUUCACGAGUAUCCGCUUGUUAUGGUUGAGCACCAUGGAUUUAGAAAAUUUGUGCACGGCCUCCAACCGUUUUUUAAGGUUCCAUCUGGAAAUACCCUCAAAAGUGAUGUAUUGAAGAUUUUUUAUCAUGAAAAAAAGAAGACAAUGAGGAUCUUGGAGAAAAAUGCUAGUAGAAUUGCAAUUACUACAGACAUGUGGACAUCAAGCAAUCAAAAGAAAGGUUUUAUGGCCAUUACUUCUCAUUUCAUCGAUGAUAACUAG